CGAGUCUUUUCGCACACUCUCUUCGCCAUGAGGGUAAUAGAAGUUGUCAUUGACGGCUUCAAGUCGUACGCGGUUCGAACGGUAAUAUCAGGAUGGGACGAGAGCUUUAACUCGAUUACGGGUCUGAAUGGAAGUGGAAAGUCAAAUAUUCUCGAUUCAAUAUGUUUUGUGCUCGGGAUCACGAACAUGAGCACCGUCCGCGCGACGAAUCUGCAGGACCUCAUCUACAAGCGAGGGCAAGCAGGCGUCACAAAAGCCAGCGUUACAAUCGUCUUUGACAAUAGCGACAAGUCCAAGUCUCCAAUCGGCUUCGAAGAAUAUGCGCAGAUCUCCGUCACGAGGCAGAUUGUACUAGGAGGCACGUCGAAAUACCUUAUCAAUGGGCAUAGAGCGCAGCAGCAUACCGUUCAAAAUCUUUUUCAGUCCGUCCAACUGAACAUCAACAAUCCAAACUUUUUGAUCAUGCAAGGGCGGAUCACGAAGGUGCUCAACAUGAAGCCCGUCGAGAUUUUGGCGAUGAUUGAGGAAGCAGCAGGCACCCGCAUGUACGAAGACAGGAGAGACAAAGCCAUCAAGAACAUGGCUAAAAAGGAACUCAAAGUCAAGGAGAUUACGGAGUUGCUGAGGGAUGAAAUCGACCCAAAGCUGGAGAAAUUGCGAGGCGAAAAGCGUGCUUUCCUCGAUUUUCAGCAAACGCAGAACGAUUUGGAGAGGCUAACCCGUCUUGUGGUCGCGUAUGACUACAUCAAAGGCAAAGAGAAGCUGAAAAUGACGGCGUCAGAGCUUGAUUCUAAAAAGAGGCGGCAAUUGGAGCUCGAGGAGUCUGCAGUAAGAUUGAAGAAUGAAGUUGCAUGUCUCCAGGAGGAUAUAAAGAAGAUCAAAGCCGCACGGGAGAAAGAGCUACGGAAAGGAGGUAGAUUCCAGGCUCUAGAGGACGAGGUGAAAGCGCAUUCACACGAGAUGGUCAGAUUGUCGACAAUCGUGGAAUUGAAGAAGUCAGGCUUGACCGAGGAGCAAGAUAAACAAAAAAAGCUUCAAAAGACCGUCAAGGAGCUUGAGGCUGAACUCAGGAAGAAGACUGCAUUAUAUGAGGAUUUGCAGAAGAGAUACGAGGCAGCGCAUGCCGAGGUCGAGAAGCUUAGUCAAGAGGUCGAAAAGAACGAGGAGCUUCUCCAGACACUGCAAACCGGUGUGGCAUCCAAGGACGGCCAAGAAAGCGGCUAUCAAGGUCAGCUCCAAGAUGCUAGGAACCGUGCUAGCGCAGCAGCAACAGAACAAGAGCAGGCGAAGCUAAGAAUAUCUCAUCUCGAAAAGCAAAUUAAAGAAGACCAGCCAAAAGCCGAUAAUGCGAAGAAACUGAACGCCGGUUUGCUUAAAGAUCUUGAUGGCCUACGAUCCCAGGCCAAGAAACUCGAGGCAGAUCUAUCCAAACUUGGAUUUGAGCCUGGGAAAGAAGAUGAGAUGUACAAGGAGGAGGCACAUCUGCAGUCGCGGAUACGAACACUACGCGAACAAGCAGACGGGCUCCGGCGGAAGGUCGCAAGCAUUGACUUCACUUAUUCAGACCCCUCGCCCAACUUUGACCGUUCAAAGGUGAAAGGUCUGGUCGCGCAAUUAUUUACUCUAGAUAAGAAUCACCUGCGAGCUGGUCAGGCUUUGGAAGUCUGCGCUGGCGGUCGACUAUAUAACGUAGUUGUGGACAGCUCGAACACGGGUACACAGCUGCUUCAAAACGGCAAACUGAAAAAGCGCGUUACCAUCAUACCUCUCGACAAAAUCACGGCUUUUCGAGCGUCCGCCGAGAAGGUUGGUGCAGCCCAAAAGAUUGCACCUGGCAAGGUUGAUCUAGCACUAUCUUUAAUCGGUUAUGAGGAUGAGGUCAAUGCCGCUAUGGAGUAUGUCUUCGGCUCUACAUUUAUUUGCGAUGAUCCAGCGACGGCCAAGAGUGUCACAUUCAACCCUUCAGUGCGAAUGAAGAGUGUGACUCUGGACGGAGAUGUUUACGAUCCUUCCGGCACCCUUUCUGGUGGCAGCGCUCCACAGUCGAGUGGUGUCCUCGUCACGUUGCAGAAGCUGAAUGAAAUCACAACGGAGCUCAACUCUCAAGAAAGAGCUCUGAGCUUGCUGCAGGCGACAAUUGCCAGAGAACAGAAGAAGCUUGACUCAGUGAAAAAGAUCAAGCAAGAUCUUGACUUGAAGCAGCACGAGAUCCAACUUGCAGAAUCGCAGAUCAACAGCAAUACCUCCUCGUCGAUCAUACAAGCCGUUGAAGAGAUGAAAGCGACCAUUGCUCAAUUAAAACAGAACAUUAUCGACGCCAAGCUUCGUCAAGACGAAGCGAACAAAGAGGCGAAGCGAAUUGAGAAGGAUAUCAAAGACUUUAGCAACAAUAAAGAUAGCAAGCUUGCUGAGUUGCAAUCAUCGCUCGAUAAGCUGAAAAAGACUUUGGCGAAGAGCAAGGCGUCAAUCAAGCCACUACAGCAAGAGAUGCGAGACGCGAUGCUGGAAGCAGAGCAGUGUGGUAGCGACUUGUCUGCCGCACAGGAGCAGCUUCAUGAUACGGAGGUAUCGCUAUCAACACAACAAGAUGAGAUCAGUAAUCUCUUGGCUGAACAAGCUCGUGUUAAGGAUGCCCAUGACAUUGCUCAGGCCCAACUUGAGGAUGAACAGGCCAAGCUGUCCGGUUUUGAUGAGGAGCUUAAGUCAUUAGAAGAUGCCAUCCACUCCAAGAACAGGCAGACAACGGAGGAAUCGCUCGAACAACAAAAGCUUGGUCACACUCUCGAAAAGCUUGAGAAGGAUCAACAGAGUGCAUCUCAGAUUCUCAAACAGCUUUCAGACUCGCACGAGUGGAUAGAAGAGGAGCAGGAACUCUUCGGACGGCCGAAUACACCUUAUGACUUCAAAGGUCAAAACAUGACAGAAGCAAGAUCUUCACUCAAGAACUUGACUGAGCGCUUCCAGGGAAUGAAAAAGAAAAUCAACCCAAAGGUCAUGAACAUGAUUGACAAUGUGGAGAAAAAGGAGGCUUCAUUGAAGAACAUGAUGCGCACUGUCAUCAAAGACAAGCGUAAGAUCGAGGAGACCAUCUUACAGCUAGAUGAGUACAAGACGGAGGCGCUGCAGAAGACCUGGGAGAAGGUGAAUGGGGAUUUUGGUCAGAUCUUCAAUGAGCUGCUGCCAGGAAGUUUUGCGAAAUUGGACCCGCCAGAGGGUAAAACAAUUGCGGAUGGUCUCGAGGUGAAAGUCUGCUUGGGCAAAGUGUGGAAGCAGUCGUUAACAGAACUAUCUGGUGGUCAACGGUCUUUGAUCGCCUUAUCUUUGAUUAUGGCGUUGCUGCAGUUCAAGCCAGCACCUAUGUAUAUUCUUGACGAAGUUGACGCCGCGCUCGACUUGUCGCACACGCAAAACAUUGGCCGGCUCAUCAAAACCCGCUUUAAGGGCAGUCAAUUUAUUGUCGUCAGUCUUAAGGACGGUAUGUUCCAGAAUGCGAACAGAAUCUUUAGGACUAGAUUCCAGGAUGGCACAAGCAUAGUCCAGGCACUUACUCCUGCGGAUCUGAAAUAACGUGUAUUAUGUUGUUACGAUUUUCGGGCCUGAUGAGCAUGGCAGCAAAGGGUGGAUCGGCGUUUAUGCGAGCCUUGGUCACUACGAAUACCAUUGACUUGGGGAAAGAUAAUACGUAUCUAUAUGCACAUUCGAUUUUUUUUUUCUGUUUUCUUGCCUUCACUGCCCCGAAGGCACAAUGAUAGGUCAUAUCAGUACUUUCCGAAAUGCAUUUCCUAAUCCUCG